CCGCGCUGGGGGGCAGAGGCCCGCGGGGCUCGGAGGGAGGAACUUCCCGCGUCGGCUCCGCGCCCCGCAGUUUCCUCGGCGCCCAGCAGAAGGCGCCGCGUGGCCGGGGUCGCGCGCGAAGGCCCUCACCUUCCCUCCCGCCGUCUCCCGUCCGCCCCGCUACCCCCGAGCAGGAUGCGGCUGGGCCGCCGGGCCCUCUGCGCGCUGGUGCUGCUGCUCGCCUGCGCCUCGCUGGGGCUCCUGUACGCCCGCACCCGAGACGCGCCGGGCCUCCGCACGCCUUCCGCGCUCUGGACAGCCCCGCAGGUCGCCCCCAGGCCCGAGCUGCCCGACCUGGCCCCCGAGCCCCGUUAUGCGCACAUCUCGGUCAGGAUCAAAGAGCGAGUGCUGGGGCUGCUGGCCCAGAACAACUGCAGCUGUGAGUCCAGCCGGGGGAGCCUCCCCCUCCCCUUCCAGAGACGGGUCCAAGCCGUUGAUCUCACCAAGGCCUUUGACCCUGAAGAGCUGAAGGCUGCCUCUGCCGCCAGGGAGCAGGAGUUCCAGGCCUUCCUUGCAAGGAGCCAGUCCCCUGCCGACCAGCUGCUUGUAGCCCCUGCCAACUCUCCCCUACAGUACCCGCUGCAGGGUGUGGAGGUUCAGCCCCUGAGGAGCAUCUUGGUGCCAGGCCUGAGUCUGCAGGCAGCGUCUGGUCAGCAGGUGUACCAGGUGAACCUGACUGCCUCCCUGGGCACCUGGGAUGUGGCAGGGGAGGUCAUUGGAGUGACUCUCACGGGAGAGGGGCAGCCUGACCUCACCCUUGCCAGCCCAGAGCUGGACCAACUCAACCGGCAGCUGCAGCUGGUCACUUACAGCAGCCGAAGCUACCACGCCAACACCGCAGACACAGUCCGGUUCUCCACGGAGGGACACCAGGCUGCCUUCACCAUCCGCAUAAGACAUCCUCCCAACCCCCGGCUGUACCCACUCGGGUCUCAACCCCAGGGAGCCCAGUACGACAUCAGCACCUUGGUCACCAUCGCCACCAAGACGUUCCUUCGCUAUGAUCGGCUACGGGCCCUCAUAGCCAGCAUCCGUCGCUUCUACCCCACCGUCACUGUGAUCAUCGCUGACGACAGCGACAAGCCAGAGCGAAUCAGCGGCCCUCACGUGGAGCACUAUCUCAUGCCCUUCGGCAAGGGCUGGUUCGCAGGGCGGAAUCUGGCGGUGUCCCAAGUCACCACCAAGUACGUGCUGUGGGUGGACGACGACUUUGUCUUCACGGCGCGCACGCGGCUGGAGAGGCUUGUGGACGUGCUGGAGCGGACGCCGCUGGACCUGGUCGGGGGCGCGGUGCGCGAGAUCUCGGGCUUUGCCACCACCUACCGGCAGCUGCUGAGCGUGGACCCCGGCGCCCCAGGCCUGGGGAACUGCCUCCGGCAAAGGCGCGGCUUCCACCACGAGCUGGUGGGCUUCCCCGGCUGCGUGGUCACCGACGGGGUGGUGAACUUCUUCCUGGCGCGCACCGACAAGGUGCGAGAGGUUGGCUUCGACCCGCGCCUCAGCCGCGUGGCGCAUCUGGAGUUCUUCCUGGACGGACUCGGUUCCCUUCAGGUCGGCUCCUGUUCCGACGUCGUGGUGGACCACGCAUCGAAGCUGAAGCUGCCCUGGAUAUCGAGGGACGCUGGCGCGGAGACGUACGCCCGGUACCGGUACCCAGGAUCCCUGGACGAAAGUCAGGUGGCCAAACACCGCCUGCUGUUCUUCAAACACCGGCUGCAGUGCAUGACUGCGGAAUGAUGGCCACCGAGGCCUUGCCCUUGUCAGGCUGUGCCUGCCGCCGCCGCCUCCUCCUGCUCCUCCUCCUCGUCGUCCCUGCUAGGACCUUGGGCAGCCCCUCGGCCCAGUGAGCACUCCGCGGACUGCCCCUGGCCGCCGUCCCGCACACCUCCCCUUGAGAACCUGACCCCACGCAGGGGUUUGUCCUGGCGACGCUCCUCUCUUCUGAGUGCCCAGGUGCCUGAUGGAGCCAUAACCUCUCCCACAGCCAGUGCCAAGUCCUCCCCCACCCCAUUCUUAGGGGCCGGAACUGGGGGGGUCACUUUCCAAGUGCCAAAGAGCCCGGGAGGACUCUAAGACCCUGAAGAGGAAACACUGUCCUCGUCUCCUUGGGCUGAGGGGGCGGGGAAGCUCCGCAGUGUGCAGUUCCGGGGCGCGCUCCCCACCCUGAGCUCUGGAUCCGGACGGCGCAGGCUCCGGCCCACCUCCCAGAGGGACCCGUGGCUCUGGGGCGGGGCGGGGCUGGUGAACACAUGGUGAAAGCCGU